GUAAAACUUUCUAGUUGAAAGUUUUUUACUGUAAUGUACUACUGAUUUUCAAUUCACCUUUCUUUCAAUCUGAUAUCUCUGUUGUACUAAAGAGGUGCAACAUGACAAACAUUUUGCAUGUGCUUGAUAAACAUAAUAACAUAAAAGUAUUUUCUAAGCUUGCAUGUGCUUGAUAAACAUUUUGCUGCAGCUGCAAUUCAAUUCACUCAUGUUAAAAAGUGACCCUUCCAAAAAUUAGUGCAGGGACUUUUCAGAGUGAAAGCAUAUUAGUAAGUAAUAAUGCAAUUGUGGGAUGAAAUAUGUUUUGGAAGUUUUGGAACAAGACAAGGCAAUGGUCCAAGCUAGGACCAGAAAUAAACGUGUAGAACAUGCAUCAGUGAAAGGCUCAAUUCCAGCCACAUAGCCUUGCUCAGUUAUUCUCUUGGGUCAUUCACACCUGGUAUAGUCUCUCUUUGGGUUCAUCCUACCCUUUUUCUCCAUUUUUGGUAUUUGUUCUUGGUUGUGAAAAGUUAAAAUAAAUAAAAUCACUACUGUCAUAGCUUUCACAUUUUACUGUUACUAAAAAGAGAAGGUAUUUCUGUUAAUGUUGGCAGACAGGGAACUUGGCUCCACAUUUGAUGCUUACCAAAAAAAAAAAAUUAAGUGUAGUCAAAUUUUUUGUCUAUGUUUUCAUGACAGUUGUCAAGUGGUACUUGGUGCCCUUCAAUUAUUAUUUUUUAAAUGGAUAGAUUUUUGUUUCCAAAAGAUUAAGUGAGUUGGUUCUGAUAGGCUCACUAGGGUCAGAACAGAUCUAUAAAUUAUUCACCAACAAGUAUCUAAUGCUAACAAUGGAAACUAAACUCACGCCAUUGUGCUAUAUGAGUCAACUCCUUACGUACCAAUUGAACCAAUCUUUCCUGGCUUUAAAUUAUUUAUUUAGGAAUAACAGGUAAUGUGAUAUAUGAAUUUUUCAUAAGACUUGUGAUACCCUAAAGCAUUUAACACACCAGUUACCAACUUAACAAGUAACAUACUAUGUAAAUCCUCCCUUGAAUUAAAGUAUAUCCUUUUGAGGCUUUUUUAGGCCUUGGGGGAUUAGACCUGAGUUGGGCGUACUUGCAGGAGAGUGAUCAUCAGUCAUAUUAUAUUUGCUGUUUGUGGUACUCAAUAAGAGUUUGGAUUACACUAAGUUAGUAAAAAGAAAAGAAGCUUGGAUAAAGAAAAAGCAAGGCACAAAACAUAAAAGUAACAAACAUAGCAUAAUAUACAGGAACUCUCAGAUCAAUAAUCAGCCAUUGAUCUAAACAAGAAUUGGAAAGUGUUAUACUUCGAUUCCAAGCAACCUAUUUCAAAUUCUCUAUUCCAUUUCCAUCUACAAUCCUAUAUACAUUUCCUUUCACUUUUUCACUUGUUCACAAACUCAAACACAAGCAACAAUCAUACACUCACACACUCUUACACUAACACAUACACAAUGGAAGGAGAAAUAAUGCAUAUAGAACGUCAAGAAGAUCCUAACCAACAACCCCAUUCACAACGUCAUUUCCCUAACAAAAUGCCGCAACAACAACAACAUCGUCAAUAUCCCGAAAUGCCACAACAACAACAACGUCAUCAAUACCCCGAAAUGGAACAACCACGUCAACAACAACGUCAUCAAUAUCCCGAAAUGGAACAACCACGACAACAACAACGACAUCAAUAUCCCAUGGAACACAAAGGUAUGGUUCCUCGUUAUAGAGUACCUAAUGCUCCAAAACGUGAACACUGCAUAUGCAUCACAAUCUUCUUCCUUGUACUUGGCAUUAUAAUCCUCAUCUUAUGGCUUGCAUACCAUCCCUCAAAACCUCAUAUCACAGUCACAAGUGCUGCAAUCUAUAGCCUCAAUGCUACUUCACCGCCAGACAUGUCAAUCUCAAUGCAAUUCACAAUCUUCAUAAGGAAUCCAAACAAGCGAGUAUCCAUUUACUUUGACAGGCUUUCCACCUUUGUGUCAUAUAGAAACCAUCCGAUUACACCUCAUCAUAUGCUUCCGUCGCUUUACUUGGAGAAGCAUGAAACCGUGUCGGUAUCACCAGUUUUAGGAGGCGUGCCGGUUCCAGUUUCGGUGGAUGUUUUGAAUGGUUUGGUGUUGGAUGAGAAUUAUGGGGUGGUGGGUGUGAAACUUAUAUUUCAAGGCAGGUUGAGGUGGAAAACUGGUGAGAUAAAAUCUGCACAUUAUAAUAUGUAUGCCAAGUGUGAUUUAUUGUUGGGUUUGAAGAAAGGUCUUGUUGGUCAGAUUCCUCUUAUUGGUGCUCCAGUUUGUGAUGUGGAUACAUGAAGCUAUGAGAGCUAUUUUCAUCCUCGUGUUUUCUUAAAAAACCGACCCGUUUGGAAGUACCGUUUUAAAUAUAUAGGGAAAAACAUGGUCUUUCCACCUCGAAUGAGUGAGUUAGACAAAACUGUGUUUUUCCGUGCAGAACAAUAUUUCCAAAUGGAAUCGGGUUUUUAAGAAAACUUGUGGGGAACAAAAAGCAGUUUAAAUUAUAGCUUCAUUUGCGUGUAAUAAAGUAUAUUAAUGUGUGUUAGUUUUUUUUCUUUUUUUUUCUUCACAUUUUAAUGAUUCUAAAAUCAGUAGGUAUUCUUGCAUAUGGGUGCUUUUUGUGUAACAGAAAUUGUAUUUUUUAUGACAUCAUUUUUCCCCACUUCAUCUUUAUACUCUAUCCCUAAUUUGUGUAUAUAGACUGGAAGAGAUUUACAAACCGUUCGAUCAAGAUCCGAUGAUUUGAUUUUAUGUUUGUAUGUGAAAAAUAAUUGUCGAAAUAUGAACCGUAUGAAAUGUUGCAUUGAAUGCAAACAUUUUGAACUCAAAUUCUUAA